CAUGACAGAAAUGUAAUGUGUUUUUCGUCGCCGAGCAAAGAGGAGAGAAUUUUACAUGAGCGUAGAAAAAAGGAAAAAAAAAAAAAAAAACAUUUUAUUUAUCGAAGACAAUCAUGACCAAAGCGGGCACCAGUAGGAAGCGCUGACGGGAAACUACGCUUCGCUACGGGAGAAUACUGGGUAUGUGGACGACGAAAGAGAAAUCGGAGCUUGCGGGGUUCGAUUAGAAUAUUAAUAUUGUCGUAUUCCAUGUGUGUUUAAGUACGUAUUAAAUUGUAUGUAAAUGAUAAUAUGAGUCAAAGGCAGACCGCGUACGAUGGGAAUUAUAACAGAGCGGAGGGUGGUGGCAGUGUUGGUGGAAGCAGCAUCGUCGGCGCGUCCACGCUGCAGCAGUGCAUCCAUCCUCCCAGUAGCCGGAUCAGAGACACUCGCUCCCAGCAGCAUGUCCGUCACCACUCCGCCUCCGUCCUCAAGCAGCCGUCGCAUAACGAACCUGCAGACUUAGUUAAACGGGCUCUGGAUUUCAAGACGCAGGGGACCCAGUGCUACAAGGAUAAGAAAUACAGAGAGGCGAUCGGCAAGUACCAUCGGGCGCUGCUUGAGAUGAAGGGGUUAUGUAGGGUGCUGGGGGAUUCCGAUGUUAGUUGCAGGUCUCCCUCGUCUGCUCUGAAAACUAUGAGCCACUCCGCCUUGACAGAUGAAGAAAAGGGCGCAGUAGAGAACGCCGAGCUGGAAUGUUACAACAGUCUUGCAGCUUGCUUGUUGCAGAUGGAGUUGGUAAACUAUGAGCGCGUCAAGGAAUACUGUCUGAAGGUCCUUUGCAAGGAAGGGGAGAACUUCAAGGCCUUGUACCGAUCUGGGGUGGCUUAUUAUCACCUGGGAGACUUUAACAAGGCUCUUCACUACCUGAAAGAGUCACAUAAACAGCAACCAUCUGCUUUUCCUGUUACUGUGCUCCAGACACCAAUGUAAUCCGCUACAUCCAGCUGACAGAGAUGAAGAUCCGUCGCAGCAUCCAGAGAGAAAAAGAGGCCUCAUAAGCCAGUCGAUGUUUACAUAGAAAUGCUCUUUUAAUGUCGUGUAUGGAAAUUAGUAUUCCUACGUCAUUUUAUGACUUACUAAAAAAAACACACACACACAAAUGCGUCUUUUGUACUUGCCAGUUUUGUGAAAACCUGUUUUGGUUAAAUAUUGCUUCAGAUAAACAUAACAUUCACAUGCAAAAAAAAAAGAAAAAUCGAAAAACUUUCUUAGUGUGGCACGGGACACCAGCACUGUUGCAGUACAAUAACGCCCCGAUCAAUACGGGUGAAUGUUGCCCUGCACUUCUGCUAUGCGCACGCUGUCAGCUAUUGGCUUCUCAUGACACAGCAGGCUUCUUCAAACGAUAUAACACGGUUAGACAAUAGCACUAUGUACUUAAUUCCCCCCAUAACCUUGUAGGUGCCUAGGCAACAGUAUACAAAACCUGGCUGUUUUGCUCACCCAGUAGAAUGUGAGUCCGUUUGUGUUAUUUGGGUUUACUCACCCAAAAUGCACCUCUGUGAAGGUCGAAUCAAACUACUGACUAUACCAGCAAUUCUCAACCCAGUCGUCCAGGACCUCCAGUGACGUUUUUUGCUUCCUCCCAGCUACCUGCCAGACAAUCCGCGUUUUAGCUCCUUCCCAGCUCCCAGCAAAAACAAGCACUGUCUGGCGGUCCCUGAGGACCAUUUCGACAAACACUGGACUGUGUCAUGCACCUUGCUUUGGCUACCAGACUGCUAUACACUUUUCAAUAGACGUCACUUUCCGAGAGUAUAUGAGAAGUGAUGGUCGGUUGAUUUUGUUUAUGUCAUACGUUACCAGUUUGAGGAAUAUAGAGCUCUGUCACACAGGAACCGCUUAGUUUUAAUACUUUAUGAUGCGUAUGGCUGGAUUAAACCUCAUCAAGUAGUAAUCAUCUCAUGUAUUUUUGUUAAUAAUCCCCGCUUUGACAGAUAAACUUCUCUAUGUGUCUAUUGUUAUGCUACACAAUUAAGUAUAUUUAAUAUAUAUAUAUAUUUAUAUAUAUAUCAUUUUUAACUGUGAUGCUUCUUUAUGUUCAUCUUCUGUAACUUAUCCAGCACAGGGUUGUGGUUAUUAGUCUAAUAUGGUAAGUGUUGAUUUGAUGUUGCUACUAUUGUGUCAGGUACAAUACAUGAUGUUUUCAUUAAAACUUUGUUACACUAACGUAGCUCAUGCGGUAUGCACUUGAGUACAGAUGCCAGUGGUGUGUCAGAAGUUAUCUAAAUUUAAUUCAAUUCUGUUAUAUGCCGUGGACAAGAUUUCUUAAUUCACAUGUUGUUAAAAAUUGUUCCAAAGAUCUCCAGUGCUGUAUUGCACUGGAGCCUUAGGUUGUUGAUAGAGAUCUCUGUAGUGAAAAGGUCUGUAGGGAGGGGCCAUGUUAAAUACAGCCCGUUAUUACCAUCAUGAUUGUACACUAUAGAGCAGUGUUUCCCAACCCAGUCCUCGGGGAAUCCUGGACAGUCCACGUUUUUGCUUCCUCUCAGCUCCCAGCGCUCCUGUACCAGGUAUUCGGUGUUCCUGAUUGGCUGGGAGCUGGGAGGGAGCGAAAACAUGAACUGUCCGGGGUUCCCCUGAGGACUGGGUUGGGAAACACUGCUAUACUGUAUGCUGUAUGGUUACCAGUAUCCCCGAGUACCAAGUCAGCUUUGGAAGUGGUGCUUUUUCAGUGACUGUAGUUUUGAAGGCACUCAGGAGGCCUGUAGUGGUGACGUCGGUGUUUAAGCUGCCAGAUAUGGAUCGUGGUUUACUAGUCAGUCUCCUGUCUCACAUUUAGUCAUGAGCUUUGGGUGAUGAUCAAGAGGACAAAAUCAUGAGCAUUAUCAGCCAAAAUGAGGUUUCUCUGGCAAGAUUGCUGGGCUUAGUCUCUGUGAGGUUUGGGCAUCUAAUGAGGAUGCCACCUGCUUGACUCCCCAGGGAGGUGUUCCAGACAUGACCCACUGGGCUGUGACUCCGAGGCAGAAUCUAGAAAAGCUCGAUAGCUUAUAUAUCCUGGCUGCCUUUGGAAGUCUUGGGGAAAACAUGAAUGGCAAUAGGUGCAGAGAGGUGUCUGAAGGGCUUAGUUUUGUGACUUGGGGGGAUGAGCCUGCAGCUGAAGAAGUUCCUCAACUGUAGCAGCUGUCUAUUGAGAGGAUUCACAUCACUUUUCCCUCCCCCAGGAUUUCUGCUGAGGAAGGCCACCCUCCUAUAAUAGUAAUGUUUGUUCAGCCUACCAGUCUCCUUCACUGUAAUAUGCCUUUUACGGUACCACUUUGCAGGACAUCCAUCAUAAAGGGCGUAUGAAUCGUGUAUAGUCAGGUUAUUAAUUAGGUUGUGACAUUUUGUAAAUCACUGAUAUACAAUGAUAAACUAAUUAUAACUGUGUUUUUUAUUAAUGAGUUACUACCAUUUAUAAGUGGCAAAAGGGAGCCUUAUUGUAAAGUGAUACAAAAUUUUCUAACCUUGUAAGUCAUUUGUUAAGGAUAUUGUGUUAAUUUGUUAUUUGCAUGCAUUCAGACUGGCUUUGGUGUACAGGGUGUGGGGCUGGGCGAUAUAAACGAUACUGACUCCUUGUCAUAUAAAAUUUCAACGAUAGAAUGAGAAGCUUUGAUAAACUAUCAGUAACGAAUAUUGUUUGAUAGCAAGCAGGGUAAAAGAAGGCGGUGUGGUGGUACUUUGUCGCAGUUUUUAUUUAUUUGCAACAAACUUGGUGCUAUGUACUGUGACCUUUGCGUGAAACUUGUCCCAACUUAAACUGAAAAUGCUGCAAACAUAUUUCACCGCUUGAUGCAUUGCUUGAUGCAUUGCUUGAUGCAUUGCCGCCAAGUGCAACAUACCGAAUGCAAGUGUUUAUGGUCGCAAACUACACACAUCAAAACACGUAUUCCUUCAGAAUGGGACAGGUGACAACUCUGCCAGCAAUGUGAUCCCCGUCCCCUGGAGAGAGUCAGAAAAACCCAGCAACAAACAGCACUGUCGGCAUUUUCUAAUGUUACACCUUAUGACAAAAGAGUUUAUUUUGUAUGAUUUAUUAAAAUUAGAUUUUGGUUUGUCACCUUUUUCAUGCUCGGAAUCUGUUUUUGGAGGAAUCCGAAGGGAAUUUUAAGCAAAAAUGGAGCCUUAAAGAAAUUAUGACUUAUAUUGUGAUAAUUAUUGAUGUUGACUGAAAAAAAAAAUUGUGAUAAAACAUUUUGCCAUAUUGUCCAGGUCUAAUGCGGCGGAUCUUCGAAUAGGCUUUGUCUCUUUGGAAUGGGCGUCGAGAAUUAAUGGAUAAUUGCUUUGGUGGAAUCAGACCGUUAUUGUCCAGAUGAAGAUGGUUUGAGAUUGCAGACAAAUGUCUUGGUAAUGGUCAUCCUAUGAACUGUCAAUAGUGAUAUGCCGUUAGCAAAUCAGCAGUAGAAAAUAUGAAGAAAAAUGGAAUAUUUGAUCUGGCUGGUGCAGAUAUAAAUGUUUUGGGUGAAGACCUGAAUAAUCUAUGUUUUAAACUAACAUACCUGACAGAGACAAAGUAGGUCUUAAUUGUGAACUGCAAAAUUAAUGACUCCAGGAAAGGUCCGAUUUACAGUCAAGGGUACAGAUUUGGGUACUGACCCUAACCUACGUAUGCCCUUGAAUCAGUCACUGAGUGUAAAGGUGUGA